AUGACAAAACCCGUAAUUCCACUCACUCUGAUUCUUGUUGGCGAUUCGGGUGUCGGAAAAACGUGCUUAGCUCGUCAGUUAAUUAAUAAACGUUUCGAUGAAGCAACAGACUCGACCGUCGGAAUCGAGAUGUUCCGAAGUAAAAUGGAUUUUGAUCAGUGUGUAGUUGACUUGACAUUGAAAGACACGUGUGGGCAAGAACAAUACCGUAGUAUCGUUGCACAGUUUUAUCGCGAUUCACAGGGAGCGUUGAUUGUUUACGACAUAACAAGUCGACAGUCCUUUGAAACCGUCCAAGAGUGGAUAUCGAAUGUGUGUCAGUUGUGCCCACAAGGCGUGAAAGUGAUGAUAUUAGGCAAUAAAGUAGAUCUUGAAAUGGAUUCAAGGAUUAUAUCGUUUGAGGAAGGACAGACAUAUGCAAAGGAGAACGGAUAUCCAUUUUUCGAGACUUCCGCUAAACUCAACGUGAAAGUCGAAUCAUCGUUCAGAGAACUCGUCCAGUCGAUUUUACAGUCAAGAAACUUCCAACAGGAGGCUCCACAAUCGACGUCGGAACCAGUCAUCGUCUUACAAAAACCAAAACAGGAACAAAAGGAAAAUUCAGAGCAAGUGCAACCACAGAAGAAGGACGGGUGCUGCUAA